AUGAAGACAGCAAUCGUCUACCGUGGAUCCAGCACUUGCGACAAUUGCUCCGAGAGUGUUGGCAGGCUCCUCAUGAAUUCCCCUUACCACUUCAACGUCACGUAUGCUGGACCGGACGAAGAAGUGGACCUCAGCCCCUCUCUUCUCUCUAAAGCUGAUCUCUACGCAUAUCCUGGUGGACCAGCACAAGAGACUAAGAAUGAUUUCACAGAUCUUGACGAAGCUUGGGAUGAGCUCAAAACGCAUGCGAAGACGAUCAGAGAAUUUGUCAAUGGCGGCGGUCGGUACAUGGGCUUCUGCCUGGGGGCUUAUCUUGCUGGAAAGUCGGCACUCGAUCUUAUGCCCAGCGGUAUCGACGUCGGAUCCGAGAUAUUGCAAGACAAAGCACAGGUUGACGACGACCGAGAUACCACGAUUCAAGUCGAUUGGAAGUUUAAUGCUAGCACUAGCAGCCCGAAGUUGGAGAAGGCUAGAUGGGCGUACUUCCAAGAAGGCGCAACGAUGCUAGGCUUCAACGACUCUGACCGUGGAAUUCUUGCUAGAUAUUCUGCCAAUCAGAAUGUCGCUGCCUCAGUCACACCAUACGGCAAAGGCUUUGUUGGUCUUGUUGGUCCCCAUCCGGAGGCCUAUGAGUUGUGGUAUGAAGACGCUGAGAUCAAAAACCCCGAGGGCGUCCGAACGGAUAUCGGAUACGACUUUGUGAAAUCUACUAUUGACGGCAUUCCAGCUAGCAGCAAUAUACCAGGUAAUGGUUUCUCUUAA